AGCGAAUUCAAGUUUACCAUGUCUAUUCCCUCGCUUCAAUGUUGUGUGAUGUUUUUACUCGUCGGCCACGGUCUAGUGAACCUGUGUGGGGCCACUGGAUAUGUGCGUACAGUGACGGUUUCUCAGGAUUUGCCUGAAGAAUAUCAGCGUUAUCAACUCCGUCAACAGUCGGCCAAUCCGGAUGCACAGGGAGCUAUACCGAGACUGCGCAAUACUUAAUAUC